AUGCGAAGAAGAAAAGAUUACAUUUGUACAAAGAUGGCGGCGUCGUUAGUUCGUCUCGUCCGCGGAGGUCUUUGCCGAAGUUUAAAUGUUGCCAAUCGAAGCGCAUGUCUGGUGCAGGCGAGGGCGGAGACCACAACGACUGAAACUAGACCCACAGUAAGGUCCAAGGAUUCCGUCACUCACAACCAGCUGUCUGCUUUUGGGGAGUAUGUGGCAGAGAUGAUGCCUAAAUACGUUCAGCAGGUCCAGGUGACUUGCUACAAUGAGCUGGAGGUGAUGAUCCAUCCUGAUGGGGUGGUUCCAGUGCUGACCUUCCUCAGGGACCACACCAACAGCCAGUUUAGGAACAUGAUUGACCUCACUGCUGUCGACAUACCGACGCGCCAGAACCGCUUUGAGAUUGUCUACAACCUGCUGUCCCUGCGCUUUAACUCUCGUAUCCGCAUCAAGACAUACACAGACGAGUUGACACCAGUGGACUCCUCUGUGUCUGUGCACCAGGCAGCCAACUGGUAUGAGAGGGAGGUGUGGGACAUGUAUGGGGUGUUCUUUGCCAACCACCCUGACCUGAGGCGCAUCCUGACAGACUAUGGCUUUGAGGGCCAUCCAUUCAGGAAGGACUUCCCCCUGUCCGGAUAUGUGGAGGUGCGUUACGAUGACGAGGUGAAGCGUGUGGUGGCGGAACCUGUGGAACUCUCUCAGGAGUUCCGGAAGUUUGACCUGAACACUCCGUGGGAGGUGUUCCCUGCAUACCGUGAGCCCAAGGAUGCCCCCAAGCUGCCUGCAGGGGACAAGGCACCCGAGAAGAAAUAACUACCCCCCAUAUUGACCCCCCUAAUACUGUCCCAGACCCUGUGUAGACAUACCUGUCUGAACUGGAGUGGAGCCUUGCUUCUUCUCUCUUGAGUAUUUAUGUAAAUAAAGACGUGUAUAAAA